ACAAUGCAUGCAUUCUAUUUCGAAAAAUGACUGUGCAGCUCAUCUCCGCGAAAAUUCCGUUCCGCAUUCAUCGUGUCUAGCGCGGAGGCGUGUGUAAAUCUUUCGCGCGGUUAAAGCCGCCUGAGGAUAUUACGUUGAUGCACUAUUUAUAAAUAUAUAUAUGGUGACACCAGUCUAGUGUGGCGAUUUGCGCGGGUGGCCCAAAUGUUGCUGGGUUAUCCCUCAUUUCAGACAUUCAUCCACCUGUUUUUCAUUUUAUUUUCUUCUCCAUUUCUCCUCAUUUUCUGUCUCCCAGUGUAUCUCGGUCUCUCUCAGCCUCUCCCCAUCUACCACCCCCCAAUUAAUGUAAUAUGCCGAAAUUCAUAAAACAAAAUCCAUCUAGUUUGCGUAGCAACCGUACAAAUGACAAACGCCCCUGAAUAUUUCGUUUGUCAAACAAAUUCAUUGGCCGUAUUCCCUCGGGUGAUCGUCACACCAGGUUCACCUCUAAUGUGAUUUUCUCCGUUAAUUCACAUUCAAAAUCAUCUGUUUUUGUAUUAUAAACAAAAAUCUUUUGGAUCAUCAAUCAACUCUACAUUUGGACAAGAAAAAGUGAUAAAUUUAUCGGGUUUUAAGGAGAAAAGCGAAAAGAACUAGCUCUGAUCAUCUCUAACGAUUGGCGAGACUCAAGCGAAGAAAUUAAUCUAAUUGCGAAUAUUUGUGGGAUAAUUAAGCAACAAAAUGGUGAAAACUCAACCCAAGAUGACAAAACUCGUAGUUUCGGCGAUAAAAAAUCUUCGAGAUGUGCAUGGGUCAACAGCGAAGGACAUUCUCAAUUACGUUAUGAGGGAGUGCAAUGCGGAGCCUUCAAUGGAGCGAAGGCUGAAUGCAGCCCUGAAAAGGGGUAUUGACUUCGGUAUCUUGAAACGUGCUCGUGGCCACUACAUGCUGAACACAGAUCCGGAAUUACUCCAGGACUCGGGCCCGAUGGAACGCGGGAGGCGUAAGCGUAGGCGCAGUCGUCGCCGACGUGGUCGCGGUGGAAAAAGUAAGAGCAGACGGAGCCGUGGACGCAAACGCGGAAGGAGGCGCGGUGGCCGCAGGAAAGGACGUGGUAAGAGUCGUGGUCGUCGCGGACGACGUGGCAAGAGCCGACGUGGCAGACGAGGUGGACGCAUGAAACGUCACGGGAAUAUCGACGAUCUUGAUAUGCUAGCGAAAGAGCCCCUGGAGUCAGCGCAACCGGGUGUUGAAGGAACGGAAGAGGAUUUUGAUCGUCCGGGGAGCACAAGUCCCUCACGCAACAGCCGAAGUCGAAGUCAUACGCCGACUCGAAGCCAAUCGUCAUCGAGUAGUGAUCGAGAGGGUGUCGAUGAAAAUCCUCAAGGGGAAUAAACAUUUAAUUAUUUUUUGUAUGAUUUUUAUUAUUUUUACGUAAGUUUUACUCACAACUCAGUCGGAAUACUUUUGGUUAUGUCGGGAAUCGAUAUUUUACAAGAACAAUAAAAUUUGUCAUAGUCGCACCAGAAAAAAAAA